AGAAGAGGGAUUAUACCCAGAGGAAGAGGGGAAAUACCCAGAGGAAGAGGGGAAAUACCCAGAGGAAGAGGGGGAAUACCCAGAGGAAGAGGGGGUAUAUCCGGAAGAAGAGGGAUUAUACCCAGAGGAAGAGGGGAAAUACCCAGAGGAAGAGGGGAAAUACCCAGAGGAAGAGAGGAAAUACCCAGAGGAAGAGGGGGAAUACCCAGAGGAAGAGGGGGUAUAUCCGGAAGAAGAGGGAUUAUACCCAGAGGAAGAGGGGAAAUACCCAGAGGAAGAGGGGAAAUACCCAGAGGAAGAGGGGGAAUACCCAGAGGAAGAGGGGGAAUACCCAGAGGAAGAGGGGGAAUACCCAGAGGAAGAGGGGGAAUACCCAGAGGAAGAGGGGGAAUACCCAGAGGAAGAGGGGGUAUAUCCGGAGGAAGAGGGAGUAGAGGAAAGGGAGGAAGAGGGGAUGGAAGAGGGGAUGGAAGAGGGGAUGGAAGAGGGGGAGAAGGGGGUGCCGGCGGAGGAGGGCGAACCAGAGGUGGAGGAAGGACCUUCCCGUGCAGGCAGCGACGACGAGGAGGGCGAGAGAGCAGCGCACAUGGGGAACGAACGGGUGAUAUCGGAGGGGGAGGAAGGGGGGGCGGAAGGAGCCGAGGAGGAGGGGCGGAGUGAGGAUGAGGGAAUGGCGAUUGAGGGCGCGGGAGGUGCAAGGAAGGAGAGGGACGAGGGGAGCGAGGAAGAGGAUGCGCCUGAUGAUAGGCGCGAGAUUGGAGCGGCGGAGGAGGCGACUGCUGAGGGCGCGGAUGAUGGAAGGGAAGAGGGCGAUGAAGGGGGCCUUGGCGAUGGCGGUGAGGGCGCAGGGAUGGAGGAGGAGGAGGGGGAGGGGAGGGAGGGGGGUGCGGUGGGGGGAGAGGACUGGGGUGAGGACUUAGGCGAGGAUGUUGAUGCAGAGGGAAGGGACAUUGCAGGCCGGAGUGUUGGCGGGGCGAGUGAUGACGAGGGCGACGGUGGGAGUGUGGGGUCGGAGGAGUUAAGACAGAGGAGAGGCGGUGAGGACGAAGGGAGCGAAGGGGAGACGGAGAGGCGGAGAGCAAGUGAGACGGGCGGGGACGAGGAGGAACGGGAGGGGCUGUACAGUGAUGAGGAGGGGGGGGAUGGGCGUGAGAGAAGAGGAAGGUAUAGCGACGAGGAGGAGGAGGGGGGAUACGGAAGAACAGGGGAGAGACGGGGCGAGUAUAGCGAGGAUGAGAGAAGCCAGUAUAGUGACGAGGGGGAGGGGGGGAGGGGAAGGAGACCGUUGUACAGUGAUGAGGAGGGCGAGGGGGGAGAGGGCGGGCGAGUGAGGGAUGGGGGGCGGCAGCGGGCGAGAUAUAGCGACGAGGAGUAUAGCGACGAUGACACGGAGUAUGGGAGACGGGUAGGGAGGCGCGCAGGAGAUGAGGGGGAGGAGGAUGAGGAAGGAGAUGGUUACAGGCGGAGAGAGAGGUAUAGUGACGAGGAGGAUGAGGGAGAGAGGAGGCGAGGGCGCUACAGUGACGACGACGAGGAGGAGGAGAGGUACAGGAGGAGAGGAGGGAGGUACAGUGACGAGGAGAGGUCGGAGGAUGGGGAUGAGGAGGCCGAGGAGGGAGCAGGAGGGGACGUGGAGGGAGGUGGUGUUGCGGUGGGGGGCAAGGGUAGUGACAGGGGGGACGAGGAAGAGGGCGUGGCUGGGGUUGAGGCGGAGGGCGGCGAGGAGGUGGGAGAGGAAGACGAGGGCACAAAGCCGCAGGAGCGGACUGAAGGGGAGGGGGAGGAGGGAGGGGAGGAGGAGGAGGAGAAUGUGGAGGAGCGGGAUGGAGUAGGAGCAAAGAAAUUGAGCACUGAGGAGGAGGAAGGGGCGGACGAAGGGGCUUCUGAUGCUGGUGGUGGGGAGGGAGCGGGAGAAGGACGGCAAGAAGAGGUGGACCGGGAUCUGUUCAGCGAUGGUGAAGGGGAGAGGGAUGCGCACAGCGAGGACGAGGGGGACAUGUAUGGCGAGGAGGAGAGGGAUACGCAGAGCGAGGAGCAUAGGGAUAUGUACGGGGAAAAGCUUGAAAGCGAUGGGAGGAGUGAGGAUGAGAUGAGCGGGGAUGAGCAUUCUCUGCAUGGCAGCCGCACAAAUGUGAGAUUCGACGGGGAGGGAGAGGGGGCAGCGGAUGGGGAGGAAGUUAGACCCGAGGAUGGAGACGAGGAGGACGAGGGAGAGAGGGGCGAGGAAGGGCAGCAGGAGGGAGGGCUGUACUCAGAUGAGGAAGAUGACAGGGAGAUGGAGACGAGGGCAGGUGCAAGGAGGGGUGUGCAGGGGGAUGGCGAUGACAGUGGGGACGACCUUUACCGCGGGGGUAGUGACUAUAACGAGAGUCCACGGGCUGAUGGGGGAGGUGGGGUAACGAGGGAGGAAGAGGAAGAGGGAGAAGGAGAAGGCGAGGAGGAAGAGGGGGAGAGGCUGGAGGAGGGGUUGGAGGGAGAUGAGGAAUGGACGGCUGAGGAGGAGGGCGAGGCACAGGAGGAGGCAGAGAGGGGAGGGGCAGGAGCUGACGUUGAAGACAGGGAUGAGGACGACAGGGAUGAGGACGACAGGGAUGAGGACGACAGGGAUGAGGACGACAGGGAUGAGGAAGGGGAUGGAGAGGUGGCGAGGGAGAGAGAUGGGGAGGGCGAAGAAGAGGAGGAUGAUUUGUACGGUGCGGACGAGCAUGAGAGGGAGGGACAUGCUGAUGAGGAAGAGGAGGGACCGGUUGGAUUCGUGGAUGGGAGAGGAGAGGCGCUGCGGGAAGGGGAAGAGGAGGAAGAGGAGGAAGAGGAGGAAGAGGAGGAGGACAUGUAUGGAGGGUACGGGGAGGAGGAUGGCGGGUUUCCACGAGAGGUGAGAGGGAGGGAGGGGCUGGAGGGAGACGCGGGCGAGGAGAGGGAUGACGAGGACGAGGAGGUGUAUGGCGAGCAGGAAGAGGGCUUGCGAGAGAUGGAGGGAGAAAAGAGAGUGGGAGGGGAGGAGGAAGGGGAGGAGGGGGAGGAGCAGGUGGAGGGAGUUGAGGAGGCGGGAGAGAAGGAAGCGGGUGGUGUGAACGAGGAGGAAGAUGCGGAGGAGAUUGACGAUCUAGGGAGGACGCCUGAUGAGCGGUCCGAGGAGGAGGAGGGGGGGAUGCCACGGCAUGCGAGGCGGCACAUGGAGGGCAGCGAGGACGAGGAGGGGGAAGAGGCGCGCGGGAGGGGAGGCGAAUGGGAUAGCGAGGAGGAGAGGGAGAGGUCCGCCGUGGGGAGUGAAGGGGGGGAGACUCCCAGGGCGAUGGGGGGAAGGAGAGGGGGAGGGGGGAGGUCCAUUGAAGGGGAAGGGGACGAGAGUGAAGGGAGUGAGUAUGGCAGGGGCCCGCGGGGAGAGGGGUUCAGCGAUGAGGAGAGGUACAGCGAUGGGGGAAGUGACAGAGGCAGGGGUGAUUAUAGCGACGAGGACAGGUACAGGAGGCGAUAUGACGAUGAGGAGUUCAGUGAUGAGGGCAUUGGGUAUGGCAGUGGCGGGGAGGGGCGCGGCAGGGGUGGGUAUGGGAGAGGGGAGAGAGGGCUGGGAGGGGAGGAGGGGAGGAGCGAGGAGGGAUCGGAGGUAGGGAGUGACCUGGACGGGGAUGAACUGGCUAGCAGGCGCAGUGAGGGUGGUGAACGGGGGGAGAGGCGCAGGAGGGGUAGUGAAGAGGAGGUGGAGAUUGAGGGAAAAAGAAUAGGAGAGGCAGGCGAAGGGGAAGCUGAUGCCGAAGGGCAGGCAGCAAAGGAGACGGAAGAGGCUGAGGAGCUGUACCCUGGCGGGGAGGAAGAGCAAGAUGAGGAGGGGGAGCAGGAGGGCGAGGAGGGGAGUCAGGUGGGUGAAGGGAAGGGUGAAGGGAAGAGGCGUGUGCGGUUUACAAGAGAGGAGGAGCAUGAGGUGUGGGAGAUAGAGAGGAAUAGCGAUGGGGAUGGGGAGGAGGACGACGAGAUUGACGAGGAGGACGAGGGAAAGAGGGAGGCUACCCCGCAGGGCAGUGCAGCGGGAAGCGUGGAAGGGAGCAUGAACGGGGAGAGUGAGGGCGAGGGGAGUAUGGAGGGGAAACGGAGAGAGAGGCGGAUCGUGUGGCGAGAUGAGGUGGGGAACGAGCUGGAGGAAAGGCAACGAGCCGAGGGGGACGAGGGGGAGGAAGGAGAGGAGGGGCCGAGGGAGGAGCGCGAAUGGGAGAGUGGGGAUGAGGAGGAGGAAGAUGGGAGAGUGAGGGAUGAGCAGCGCACGGAGGUACAGCGCACGGGCAUGGAGGACGAGGAGGGCGAUGAGGAGGCGGGGGCAGGGAGUGAGGAGGAGGAGAAAUGGCGAGAGGAGGAGUUUGGGGGAGAUAGGGACGGGGAGGAGGAAAGGGAGGAUGGUGAGGAGGACACGCCCCUCACGCCUGAGUUCAUGGGGCAUGCGCAGAUGGGUGCACGGGGGUUUGCGCGGCGGGGGAGAGACGAGGAGGCGGAUGGUGAGGGUGUGGAGGAGGGCGACAGUGAGGAUUUGGAAGGAUCAGACAGAGAGGAAGGGUCGGAUAGCCUCCAGCGCAGCAGCAAGUACAUGGCUGAUGUGAUGAGGGAGAUGGAGGGCGACGAGGGGGAGGAGGGAGACGACGAGGAGGGGGAGGAGGGAGAGGAGGAGGGGGAGGAGAGAGAGGAGGAGGAGGAAGAGGACAUGGAGGGUAGUGCACAGGGAGCAAACGGGAGAGGAGUUGGGGAGGGAGCGCGGUCGCUGUUCCCCAAGUCGUCGUCCCAGUCCAGCAGUCUGCAGCGCAGCGGCAAGUACGUGAUCGACUUUCUGCACGAGAUCGAGGAGGAGGCCAGGGGGCUUUCGGCUUCGCAGAGCCUCCAGCGCAGCAGCAAGUACGUGAGCGACCUGCUGAGUGACCUGGACCUGUAUGGCGGCGAUGGGCCGGGGGAGAUGGGGGGGGAGAGCCUGCAGCGCAGCAGCAAGUACAUGAGCGACCUCAUGGGCGAGCUGGGCUUGCAGGGGGGCGACGGGGCACGCGCAGGCAGGGGCACCAUGGGUGGUCAGGGUGCUGACGGUGGGCUGAGGAGCCGGGGCUCUGGAGGGCUGGAGCGCAGCAGCAAGUAUGUGAAGGACCUGAUGGGCGAGCUGGAGGAGGAGGAGGAGGAGAGAGUGGGAGGGCGUGAGGAAGAGGGAGAAGAUGAGGGGGAAGAGGAGGUGGAGGGUGGAUUUGGUGGUGGCAGUGUGAGAAGCGGUGGCCUGCAUAGAAGCACCAAGUACGUGAAGGAUCUGCUGACUGACCUGGAUCUGUAUGAUGAUGAUGUGGCGGCUCAGGCUGCAGCUGAAGCUGCUGCGGCGCUUGCUGCUGCCAGGGCGGGUGGCAGUGGUGCUGGUGGGUUGAGUGAGGGGGACGACUACUUGGAGGAGGACGAGGGGCGUGGGCACGAGGAGGGAGAGGGAGAAGACGAGUAUAGGGCGGAUGAGAAGGAGUAUGAGGACGAGGAGGAAUAUGGAGAGGAGGGUGAGGAUUACAGAGGGGUAGGCGAGGGGGAUGAGGAGGCAGAGCAAGAGCAGCAGCGGCAGCAGCAGUCAUUGCAGCAGCAGUCGUCGCAGCUGGCGCGCAGCAGCAAGUACAUCUCGGAUCUGAUGAACGAGCUGCGCGAGGAGGAGGACGAGCGCGAGGAGGAGGAGAUGCACGCCAGAGCCACCGCCACCGCCACUGCCACCGCCACCGCCACCGCCACGCAGGGGCUGCGAGGCGGGCUGCGGAGAAGCGGGAAGCACGAUGUGGAGGCGCUGGCGGAGAUGGGGGGAGCCGUGGCGAGCAGCGUGGAGGGCGAGGAGGAGGAACAUGGGGAAGAAGAGGGCUAUGAGGCGCAUGGGACAGACGAGUAUGCGCGGGAUGGUGAGGGGGGCGAGUACGAGGAGCACGAGGAGGAUGACUACGAUGGCCACCACGGGCAUGGCUACGGGCCGCAUGAACAGCAUGAGUACGGGCAUGAUGGGGAGGAGGGCUAUGAUGAGUACCAUGAGGGGCACGGGCAUGGCAAUGAGCAUGACGAUGGGCAUGGGUUCGGGCAUGAGCAUGGGGAGGGCAAUGGGUUUGAGCAUGGGGAGGCAGAGGAAGGGGAUGAGGGCGAUGGCAUGGAGGGCGACUCUGACGAGGGCCAGGCCGCGCCGUACGACCGUGACGAUCACGACUUCUACCGUGCGCACGACGACGACGGCGGCGGCGCUGCUCAGCUGCUUCCACCUGGCUCGGGGCGGGGAGGCGCGUCGGAGCUGUACCGCGGGCGCAGUCUGGGGCGCAUCGACGAGCAAACGGUGGCGGGGCAGCAGAAGCAGCGCUUGGACCUGCAGCGCGGGGGCAGCCUCAACCAGCGAGACGUGCACUGGCACGCGCAGGGGGGGUACCGCCGCGGGGGGCUGCGGCGAGGGGGAAGCCUGAACCAGCCGGACGAGGAGUGGACGCCGCACGGGCCGGGGGCAGGGCAGGGCGCAGGGCAGAGGCCAUCGGCUCUGCGACGGGGGAGCAGCCUGAAGUGGGCGGAUGAGCAGCGCGUGGAGGGGAGUGGGGGGCGAGGGGGUAGGGAAGAGGGGGAGGGUGGGGGUGGUGGGAAGACGAGGGAUCUGGUGAGGGGGCGGAGUCUGGGGCGCACGGAUGGGGAGUGGAUGGACGGGCGGGUGAACCGGCAGCUGGACGAGCUCAUCCACAAGGAGGGAGUGCGCAUCCACAAAGGCGUGCCCUCGCGCUCGCACUCGCUGGGGCCAGGCGUGUGGAGCGCACAGGGCAGGGAGGAGCAGGAGGACGAGGGAGAGGGCGGCAGCAGGGGCAUGCGGGGACGAGGUGGCGAUGCGGGUGCUGGUGGGGGUGCUGGCGGGGGGGCAGCGGAUCAGUAUGGCGAUCUUGGCCCGUUCAAGCCACGCCCCCCCCCCUCGCGAUCCCGAUCGUCGAUUCCUGCUGAUCAGCUCUCAUCCACGGCUCUCAGGCCGUCUAGGACCAAGUCUCUGGGCAAGAACGUGACGUGGGCCAUGGAUGAGCGGCACAGCGGCGCGGAGAGGGAGGAGGGGAGUGGGCGGUGGGGGGAGGACGGGGGCAGGUGGGGUGGCGGAACCAUCGAGGAGGAAGGGGAGGAUGGAGAAGGGGUGGGUGAGGGCAGGAGAGAGGAGGACGAGGCUGAGUAUGAUGGUGGAGAGAGGGAUGAGGAGUAUUUGGAGACUCUCCAGGAGGAGGAAGGGGAGGGCGAGGAGGGCGAGGAGGAGGACGACGACGACGAGGAGGAGGAUGAGGAGGAGCAGGAGCGGCUGGCGAGCCUCAAGUUCCAGGCGUCGCGGUCGCAGUCGCUGGGCAAGGUGGAGGCGCACACCAUGGCGCUGGGGCAGGCGGGCUGGGGGCAAGGCCAGGGGUACGAGGACGAGGGGCUGGAGGGCGGGGAUGGGGCAGGGGACGAGGCGGGAGGAGGGUGGAGGAGGGGCGGCCUGAGGGGCAAGUCGAAGCCGUCGCGGUCGCAGAGCGUGACGGCGACGGAGCUGCUGAAGGCGAAGGCGGGGGCGAGGGGCAUUCAGAAGACCGACCUCAUGCGCACCGACUCGGUGUUCGCCAAGAUUGACGACCUGGUGCGGCGACGAGGGCGGGGGGAGGACGGGGAGGAGGAGGGAAUGGAGGGGAGGCUUGAUGGGGAAGAGGCGGGCAUGCAGAUGGAUGGGGAGUAUGGUGGGGGGGAGGAGGGGGCGUAUGGGCAGGAUGGGCAGGAUGGAAGGUGGGGCGAGGAAGGGGAGGAAGGGAUGGAGGGAGAAGAGGAGUAUGAGGAAGGGCAACAUGGGGGGGAGGAAGGGUAUGAAGAUGGGGAGGAGAGAUAUGUUGAAGGUGAGGAGUAUGGGGAGGAGGGCGAGAGGUAUGGGGAAGAAGGUGCGAGGUAUGGGGAAGAGGGUGAGAGGUAUGGGGAGGAGGGUGAGAGGUAUGGGGAGGAGGGUGAGAGGUAUGGGGAGGAGGGUGAGAGGUAUGGGGAGGAGGGUGAGAGGUAUGGGGAAGAGGCAGGCGGUUAUGGGGAGGAGGGAAGGUUUGAUGGAGAAGGUGAGUAUGGUGAAGAGGAGGGGAGGUACGAGGAGGAGGGGGGGGAGGAUGAGGAGGACGACAGGGAGCGGCAGAGAGAGAGGGAGAGGGAGUUGGCUCUGGAGAUGGCAGCAGAGAUGGAUGAACGCCUGGAGAUGCACAUGGACGAGGAGCAUGAGGGGAUCAGCGGCCUGGACGGCUUUGCUGAUGAGCUGGACGGCGAUGGGCAUGACAGCAUGGAGUUGGACGGGCACGAUGAGGCGGGCUCGCAGCAGCACGAGCAUGAGGACCAUGGCAUGCACGGCCAUGGGAAGGAUGAUGGCGAUGGGCAUGGGCAGGAGUAUGGGCGGGUGAUGGUGGCAGGGGAGGAGGGCGAGGAGGAGGAGCUGCAGCUAGACCUGACGCUGCUGGACGAGGUCAGUGCCGAGGUGCUGCACCACUGGCGCCUGCCCUCCAUCGGCCCGCGCGCCCCCCGCGGCUUCUCCCUCGAGGCCAUGCACAUGCCGCCCUCGCCCGCCGCCACCAGCCCCAUGGGCAGCCCCAUGGGGGACGGCUUCGCGGCCAACAGCCCCAUGGGCAGUCCCCUGGGCAAUGGCGCCCUGGGCAGUCCGCUGGGGGGCUUUGGGUCCGUGGCGGGCGGGGAUGAGGGAGGCAGGGGCGAUGGGCAGCGCGGAGGGGGGGAGGGGGGCGAGCUGGAGCAGGUGCUGGAGGGGGAGGGGGAGGAGGGGUACGGGGAGGAGGGGUAUGGGGAGGGAUAUGGUGAGGGGGAGCAUGAGGAGGAGGGGCAUGGAGAAGAGUUUGGUGAGGGCGAAGGGAUUUACGAGGAGGGGGGUGUAGGGGCUGGAGGGGAGUAUCAGGGAGGGGAGGGGGAGUACCGUGAGGGGGAAGGGGAGUAUGGGGAAGAGGGGCAGCAGUAUGCGGAGCAGCAAGAGGGAGAAUUCGGUGAAGCUGAAUAUAACGAGGGUGGGGGUGAGUACGACCAAGAGCAGGAGUACGAGGAGGGGGAGGAGUAUCCAGAAGGGGGCGAGGGGCAGCUGAUUGAAGGGGGGGAGGGGGCGUACCACCAUGGGGGGGGAGGAGGGGAGUAUCACCAAGGGGGUGGGGAAGGGGAGUACCACGAGGACGGGGGUGCUGAUGGGGAGUAUGGCGAGCAGUAUGAUGGGGAGCACUAUAACGAGGAUGAAGGUGGGGAGGGAGGGUUCAGUGGCUUCCAGGGAGAAGGGCAAUUUGGGCAGGGAGAAGGGCAAUUCGGGCAGGGAGAAGGGCAAUUUGGGCAGGGAGAAGGGCAAUUCGGGCAGGGAGAAGGGCAAUUCGGGCAGGGAGAAGGGCAAUUCGGGCAGGGAGAAGGGCAGUACGGGGAAGCGAAUUUUGGGGAGGAGGGUGAUUGGGGGGCAGGAGAGUACCACGACGGCGAGGGUGAUCAUGCUAACGCUCAAGGUGGGUAUGGCGAAGGCCAGCACGGGUAUGGUGAGGGACAAGGUGAAUACAGGGUGGAACAGUUUGAAGGGCAAUUUGGGGAGCAGGGGCAAUACGAGGAGGGGGAUUAUGAAGAGGGCGAGUACACUGGAGGAGAGUAUGAGGGAGAGGAAGAGUACAGAGGAGAGGGAGAGUAUGCAGAGGAAGGGGGGCAUGAUGGGCCCAUGGGCAGCGAUCAAGGCUUUCAGGAUGCGCAGCAGCAGCACCUGUUCCAACAGCAGCAGCAGGGCUGGCAGGGAGCAGCGGGCGAGGGCGGUGAGGCAGGGCACGCGGCAGCAGAGGGAGACGCCCUGGACGGCACGUUCGAGUUCGCCCAGGGGGGGGUGGGGGCGAAUGGCGGAGGGCAGGGGCUGCAGGAGGGGAAGGGGGAGGACAGCGAUCCGGGGCAGGGAGAGGUGGAAGCGGGGGGUGAGGGUGAGGAGGAGGAGGAGGAUGGUUUUGGCGUAGAAGAAGAGGAAGAGGAGGAGGAGGAAGAGGAGGAGGAGGAAGAGGAGGUGGAAGAGGAGGAAGAAGAAGAGGAAGAAGAAGAGGACGAAGAAGAGGAGGAAGGCGAAGUGGAGGAUGUUGAUGAAGAAAUCACGGGAGAGGAGGAUGAAGAGGAGGAGAUGGAGGAGGACGAGGAUGAGGAGGAGGAAGACACUGACGAGGUGGAAGAGGAGGAGGAGGAGGAGGAAGAGGAAGAUGAUGAUGAUGAGGAGGAGGAGGAGGAGGAGGAGGACGAGGGUGAUGAAGAUGAGGAGGAGGAGGAGGAGGGGGCAGUGGUAGACAUAUUUGGAACUGGCAUGGCAGAGGGAUCGUCGCAGGGAGUGCUGGGCGCGCUGGGGGGGUCCAGAGGGCUGGCGCUGCUGCUGCAGCAGCAGCUGGCGGCAGCACGGGCCAAGGCCAUGGGCGGGGAGGGGGGAGCAGCCGGCAUGGCGGGUGGCAGCGAGGAGGAGAGCGAGCUGUCCACGCCGUACGACAGCGAUGCGGAGCUGGAGACGUCUGACUCGAACACAUCGGGCCGCCACCGCUCCUCCCACCGCGCCGCCAUGCUCCACCGCCCCGACGCCGCCGCUGCUGGGGACCUGGGUGCGUUCUCUGCUGCCUUCCCGUCCUUCCCGGGAGCAGCCAGCGCGGCGCGGAGCCGGUCAGGCACGGGCGUGUCGCGGCGAGCGGUAGCGGCGGCGCGGCAGCGGGGGGCAGCAGCGAGUGGGGCGCGGCUGACGGGGGAGUGCCUUCUGGGCGUGCUGUCGUUCCUCGACUCGCCCCACGACUGGAUCAGCUUCUCCUGCGUCUGCAGGGCCUGGCGCCAGGUGGCGCAUCAGGGUCUGACCCGCCUGAAGCUGCAGCGGGGCAAGCGGGUGAACGCCAUGGGGCUGCUGCGCGCGCUCUCGUACUCGCGCAACCUGCACUCGCUGCUGCUGCCCUCCUGCUCGCUCGACGCGCCCGUGUCCGACGACUUCCUCUGCACCAUCGCCUACACCUGCCCUGCCCUCACGCACUUCACCCUCGGCCCGGACUCCGACCUGGGGUUCGCGUACGGCCCGCACGGGCUGGCGACGCUCUUCAAGGGCUGCUCGCUGCUGCAGCACCUCGCCAUCGAGGCCACGCCGCCCCGCAACCCCUCGCCUGCUGCUGCCUCUGCGGGUUCGGGCGGGGAUGUGGCCAACGGCGUGCAGCUGAAGCAGCUGAUGAAGAUUCUUUUUGCCCCGGGCAGCUUGAUGCCGCCAGGGGUGGCAGCAGGGGCGGGCAGGGGAGAAGUGGGAGGGGCGAAUGUGGGGUUAGUUGCUGCCACUCCCGUACACCAUCAUCGGCAUCACCAGCAACAUCAUCAUCACCAUCACCAUCAGAUCCCCAUGUUCCACCAGCAGUCGUCCCCCUAUCCCCCCCGCAGCGGCACCAGCAGUCCUCUGCUCUUUGCUGCUGGCGGCGGUGCCAUGCCCCACGGCUACACUGAUGCCAGCGCUUACACGGGGGGGGCGGGGGGGCUUGUAGGGGGAGCACAGGGCGUGGGAGGGGGUGCAGGAGCGGCAGCAGGAGGGAGGACAUCGAGCAUGGCAGGCAGCAUAAUAAGUGGCACCAUCUCGGGCACCAUAGCAGACGGGCUCAUAGGAGCAGCCAGCGGGGGCACCAGCCUUGUGGGCCGCAUUGCCAGCAGUGCUGCCGGCGCUCUCAUCUCCGACAGCUGGCGCUCCCUCAUUGGUGGAGACACAGGGGGUGCAGCGGCGGGCGGGGGGGGGUGGUGGACGCCGCAGACUGGGAUCAUGCCGGGCCUCUCACACUCCUCUGCUGCUGCUGCUGGCUAUGCACCCGGUGCUGUUUCCGCCUCUGCUGCACGUGGCACCAACGGUGCUGGCACGGGGUACGGUCUGGGAGGGCUAUUUGGCAGCUUGGGCAGCAGCAACGGUGGCAGCAGCAGUGGCGUGGGCGGCAUGAAGGGGCUGCCCCCGGCGGUAAGCAAGAACGUGGCCCAGCUGCUGCACGACUCCGUGCCCAUCCGCCUCGCCACGCCCUCCAACACCAACCACCACCGCCACACCCUGCCGGACUCACGGAGGUCGGAAAUAAUUCCUGCCCGGUCCAAACCACUGACUGUUGCUCCUGGGUCGGGAGCAUGGCCAGUUUCUGGCAGCGUGAGCAAGGGCAGCGGCGAGGGGGGGCUGGGAGGGAGAGGGGGGAUGGAAAGCGGGGGAUCAGGCGCAAAGGCAGGAGGAGGAGGGGGGGGAGCAGGGGAUGGCGGUGAGCUGCGCGGUGUGCUGAGUGUGGUCGACAUCCCGGAGUCGCUGGGCCUGCUGCACCACCUGCGCCACCUGUCGCUGCACAUCAACAACCCGCGGCAGCAGGUGCGUCUGCCCGACUCCAUCGGCCACCUCACGCUCCUCCAGGACCUGCACCUCGCCUUCCCCCUGCCCGCCUUCGUGCCGCCGUCCCUGUGGUCGCUGCCGUCGCUGCAGCGCCUGUCCCUGUCGGGGUGGAAGGGCCUGGCGUUCCUGCCCAACUGCCUGGACGAGCUCUCCAGCCUGCGCGCGCUGCACCUGCGCUGCGCCGACCUGCUGGACCUGCCGCCGUCCGCUGCGCGCCUGGCGUACCUCACUGAGCUGCUGUGGGAGACGCCCCGACGGAGCAAGGGCCACAGCGAGACUGCCAUGGGAGGCAGCGGCGGUGGGGGUGGGGGUGGGGGUGGUAGCCUGUUCGGGGACCAUUAUCAGCACCAGCAGCAGCAGCAGCAGCACCCGUUGGAGUGUGUGUCGGUGCCGCCAUCUCUGGGACUGUUCACGCAGCUGAAGCACCUGACUCUGCGCAAUGCCACCUUCCUCCCCGACGACCUGCAGUGCCUGGCACCCAGCCUCACGCACCUGCAGGUGUGGGGCGCACACGGCCACCUGCGCUUCCUACCGCACUCCCUGCUGCGCCUGCGCCGCCUGCACCACCUCGAUCUGCGUGGGGCCUUCUCCCUCGUGCCACCUGGCGUCGGGUGCUUGAAGGAGCUGACUCAGCUGUGCCUAGUCAGCGGGUCGCUGGAGAGUCUCCCCCCGUCCAUGGCUGAGCUAGCGUCACUGGAAGAGCUGCGAUUAGACGGGUGCUCGGGGGACCUGCAGCUGCCGGACAUGCUCUUCUCUCGCCUCAAGAGGCUGCGCUCGCUCUCGCUGCCCACCAACGCCGUCUCCACUGUUCCCAGGGGACUCACCCUGCUCACCUCCCUCUCCUCCCUCUCCAUUGAGUGCUCCGCCUCCAUUCCCACCCCCCAGCCGGCUGCUGCUCUUGCUGUCCCCGAGCCCCUGCCCCUAACACCUCCGCCCCUCCCCACCCCCGCUGCUGCCAUCUUCAGCGCCCUCGCCGCCUCCUUCUCUCCCCCCCCGCCCCCUCGCUCGCACUCCUCCCACCGCUCCUCGUCGCCCAUUCCCUCCAUGGCGCCCCUCCCCCCGCCCUCCUCCCCGCUCACCGGCUCCUUUGACCUCUCCCGCCUGCCACCGGCGCCCACAGCCAUGCCCUCGACCUCCGUCCUCCCCCUGGCCUUCGGCUCGCUGGCCAGCCUGCGCUCGCUGCGCCUGCUGUGCCCGCACCUGACGGCCCUGCCGCCCACCUUCGUGGCGCUACCCCGCCUUGAGGAGCUGCAGCUGCGCUUCUCGGGGUCGCUGCCGCGCUCCUUUGGCGCGCUCACCUCGCUGCGCUCCCUUGUGCUCGACAGCCCCAAGCUCUACGCGCUGCCCGAGUCCAUCGGCAACCUCUCCCUCCUCACCUCGCUCACCCUCGCCUGUGCCCACCUCACCCUGCUCCCCGUGUCAGUCGGGCAGCUGACGGCGCUGCGUUCGCUCAAGAUCCUCCAGUGCCACUGCCUCGAGUCCCUCCCCUCCUCGCUCUCUGCGCUGAUCAACCUUUCUCUCCUCGACGUCUCCUGUGACAAUCUCAACUGGCUGCCUGUUUCCUUCGGCCGUCUCUCUGCUCUUGAGGAGCUCUCCCUCACAAGUAAGAACCUUUCGCAGCUGCCCGAAAGUUUCGGGCAGCUGCAGCACCUGCGCCUGCUGCGGCUUGACUGCCCGGCGCUCCAGAGCCUGCCCGCAACGUUCUGGCAGCUGCCCGGGUCGCUGCGUGUGGAUAUGAGCGCAGAGCUGAAGCAGCGGCUGCAGCAGCAGCAGCAGGAGCGGCUGCAUCAGGAGCAGCAGCGACUGGAGCAAGUGUGGCUGCAGCAGCAGCAGCAGCAAUUCCAGUUGCAACAGCAGCUGCAGCUGCAGCAGCAGGUGCUGCAGCAACAGCUGCUCCAACUCCAGCAGCAGUGAAUAAGUGGAGCAGCGGCUGGUGCGUGCAGUGCAGUGAACCCUUGAGUGGCAGCCAUGGAGCAUCAACAACUAGCAUUGACCUCUGGGUUCUGGUAAUAGUAAGGAAACCUGGUACCUGACCAAUAAUAGGCUAAUCUGUGUGCUUGUGCUAAUGGUGCCAGUAGGCUAAUGUGUGCUUGUGCUCUUGCUAAUGAGUUAAAUAUU